AUGAGCGGGAAGUUCAAAGGCUCUACUACGGCUAGGUUCGUCAAGAAUAACAGAAAUAAUAAUGGCAAUAGCAAGACACCCAAUUACAACAAGUUUGGAAAUAACCAAAGCAGAUCAAGUUACAAUGGCAAAUCACAAAAUAGAAACAAAGACAUUGAGAGAAUGUCAAAGCUUGAGGCUGCCAGAAAACUUGAUCAGAUCGAUUCUAUGAUGGGAUUUGACAGGUAUGAAGCAGGGCCAAAAAGAACUGGUUGGUUAAUCAACUUCCACCCAACUCUUUUACCGAGCAGUCAAGUUCUUGAUGGGGUUGCUGCUUGUGACUUCUAUUUUCUUGAUGAGGAAGGUGGUAGUUUCAAAACAUCCGUUCAAUAUGAUCCGUAUUUCUUUUUGAUUUGCAGAAAUAACACCGAAAUCGAAGUGGAAGAGGCCUUGAAAAAGAAUUUGGAAGGUACUGUGAAGAAAUAUUCAAGAGUACAAAAAGAAGAUUUGGUACUUCCUAACCAUUUGAUUGGUCUUAAGCGUCAACUUCUCAAAUUAACAUUUCACAACUUAACGGAUAUGCUAGAUGCAAGAAGAUUUUUAAACCCAAUAAUACAAGAGAACAAAAAGAAAAAAGAUGCCAGGGAUGUCUACUCGGCUGUCAAUAUCAAUUACAUGGAAGAGGAUUAUGAGAAUAGUAGCCAUGCCAGAACUGUUGAUGCUCUCGAGUAUAUUGACGAUAUCAAGGAAUACGACGUUCCUUUUCACGUUCGUGUGGCAAUCGAUAAAAAUUUGAGAGUUGGAAAAUGGUACUCUGUACAGGCUGAAAGUGAAGAAAUUCAUUUUGAAGAAUUAGAUGUCGUGGUUCCUCCUGAUCCAGUGGUUUUAGCCUUUGAUAUCGAAACUAGUAAAGCACCUUUAAAAUUUCCGGACUCAGCAGUGGAUCAAAUCAUGAUGAUUUCUUAUAUGAUUGAUGGUGAUGGUUACUUGAUCACCAACAGAGAAAUUAUUAGCAAAGACAUUGAAGAUUUUGAAUAUACACCAAAGCCAGAAUAUCCAGGUAAUUUUGAGAUUUUUAAUGCGGAAAACGAAGAAGCAUUGAUCAAGCGGUUUUUCGAGCAUAUUAGAGAAGUCAGGCCAACAGUGAUCUCCACUUUUAACGGGGACUUUUUCGAUUGGCCGUUCGUGGACAAUAGAGCAAAUUUUCAUGGUAUUUCUAUGUUUGAUGAAAUUGGAUUUAAGAAGGAUAGUGAAGAUGAAUAUAAGUCUACUUAUUGUUGUCAUAUGGAUUGUUACAGAUGGGUAAAACGUGAUUCUUACUUACCUCAGGGUUCUCAGGGUUUGAAAGCCGUUACCACUGUCAAAUUAGGUUAUAAUCCAAUUGAAUUGGAUCCCGAAUUAAUGACCCCAUAUGCCAUUGAAAAACCGCAAGUACUUUCGGAAUAUUCUGUGUCUGAUGCUGUGGCUACCUACUAUUUGUACUAUAACUAUGUUCAUCCUUUUAUUUUCUCAUUGGCUACUAUUAUUCCAUUGAAUGCUGAUGAAGUUUUAAGAAAAGGUACAGGUACAUUAUGUGAAAUGUUAUUAAUGGUCCAAGCCUAUGAAAAUAAUAUUUUGUUACCAAACAAACACACAGAUCCUUUGGAGAGAUUUUAUGAUGGUCAUCUUUUGGAAUCCGAAACCUACGUCGGUGGCCAUGUUGAAUCUUUGGAAGCAGGGGUAUUUAGAUCAGAUUUAGAAACAUCAUUUAAGAUCGACCCAACUGUAAUAGAUGAGCUAUUACAGAAUGUGGAAGAUGUGGUUAAGUUCUUUGUUACAGUUGAAUGCAACAAAAAAAUCGAAGAUGUGACCAAUUUUGAAGAGGUUGCGGAAAAAAUCAAAGAAGAACUAAUUGAAUUGAAGAAUAAGCCAAAAAGAACUGAAUUACCUUUGAUCUACCACGUUGAUGUUGCUUCAAUGUAUCCAAAUAUCAUGAUUUCAAAUAGAUUGCAGCCUGACUCUAUGAAAACAGAAGAAGAUUGUGCUGCCUGUGACUUCAAUAGACCUGGAAAAGUUUGUGAUAGAUCAUUAACUUGGGCUUGGAGAGGUGAAUAUUAUCCGGCAAAGAUGGAUGAAUAUGCAAUGAUCAAACGAGCUAUGCAAAAUGAAACCUUCCCACCUACAAGAUCAGGCGGCGAAAAACGAUACUUUGAUGAAUUAAGUUACACUGAUCAGGUAACAAACUUGAAGAAAAGAAUCAGUGAUUAUUCUAGAAAAGUUUACCAUAGAAUCAAAGUAUCAGAAACAAUCAACAAAGAUGCGAUUGUUUGUCAAAGAGAAAAUCCGUUUUAUAUUGACACAGUGAGAAAUUUCAGAGAUCGUCGUUAUACUUAUAAAGGUUUGGCGAAAAAAUGGAAAAAGAAAUCUUCAACAAUUGACAAGAGUGACCAUCAUGCGAUUGACGAAGCUAAGAAGAUGGUAAUUACUUAUGAUUCAUUGCAAUUGGCCCACAAAGUUAUUUUGAACUCAUUUUAUGGGUAUGUGAUGAGAAAGGGUUCUAGAUGGUAUUCUAUGGAGAUGGCAGGUAUAACUUGUCUUACAGGUGCUACCAUUAUUCAAAUGGCACGAGCUUUGAUUGAAAGAUUCGGUAGACCUUUGGAGUUAGACACUGAUGGUAUUUGGUGUAUCAUUCCGAAAUCAUUCCCCGAUGAGUUUGAUAUUACGCUAAAGGACGGGAGCAAACUUGGUUUACCUUAUUUAUGUUCCAUGUUAAAUCAUUUGGUUCACUUACAAUUCACUAAUCAUCAAUACCAAGAAUUAAUUCCAAACAGUAAUUAUCAGUACGAAGUGAAAUCUGAAAACUCCAUUUUCUUUGAACUUGAUGGUCCUUACAAAGCUAUGAUUUUACCAACUUCUAAGGAAGAAGGGAAGGGUAUUAAAAAGAGAUAUGCUGUUUUCAAUUAUGAUGGGUCAUUGGCUGAAUUGAAAGGGUUUGAAUUAAAGAGACGUGGUGAAUUGGAAAUUGUGAAAAAUAUGCAGGGAGAUCUUUUCCCUGCAUUCUUGGAAGGUGAUUCUUUGGAGAAUUGUUAUAAAGAAGUGGCCCUGAUUGCCAAUAAAUGGCUAGGUAUUUUAUUGACCAAGGGGAAAAAUAUUGAAGAUGAAGAUUUGAUUAAUUUAAUCGGUGAAAGAAAGAGUAUGAGUAAGUCUAUUGAAGAAUAUAAUGGGAUGAAAUCUACCUCUAUUACCACUGUUAAAAGAUUAGUUGAAUUCUUAGGAAUUGACGUUAAAGGCGAUUCUGGUAUCACUGCUCGGUUCAUCAUUUCCAAUAAGCCAAAAGGUGCCCCAAUUGCUGAAAGAGCUGUUCCAAUUGCCAUUUUUUCUGCUGAUAUUACCCAAAAGAGACAUUUCUUGAGGAAGUGGUUAGGUGAUAAUGUUCUUGAAGACUUUGAUCCAAGAACCAUUCUUGAUUGGGACUACUAUUUUGAAAGAUUGGCAUCCGUUGUUUUGAAAAUCAUCAGUAUUCCGGCAUAUUUGCAAAUCAAAAAAAAUCCGUGUGAAACUGUUCAAUUGCCUGCUUGGAUCAGUAAAAGAAUCCAAGAAGAUCAAAUAAAGCAAACGAAGUUAACCAGUUUUUUCAGCAAAAGUGACAAGCCUGCCAAGAUCACCGAAAAAGAUAUUGAGGAUCUUAUGAAUGAUAAGAAAGCCGCGUUUGCCAACAACUCUAAAUUUGGCACUGUUCAUUCCAGGAAACGUAAACUCAAGAACAAGAAGAACCAAUCUGGUGAUGAGGAUGUUGAUACUGAGGCUAUUGAAAAAGAUAUCUUGGAUGCUGGUUGUCCUGAUGCUACAGUUGAUUAUGUUGGUUGGUUGACUUACAACAAAGUGAUUUGGAAACAAAAUGAUAAAAAGAGAGAAGCUAACAAAAAGAUAUUUGGUGAAUAUUCUUCUGGGACUGCUAAUCACAACUCUUCAAUUAGUAACAUGGUCCGCGAAAAGGCCAAGACUUACGCAACCAACGCUAGCUGGCAAGUUUUGGAUUAUAAAUUGGAUAAUGUUCUAGGACAAAUCAGAGCUAAAGUGUUAAUAGAUGGAAAGAUCAGAGUGAUCAAGAUCAAGGUUCCAAAAGAAGUGUAUUUGACAUUUAAUAAUUCCACCAAUAACUUACUGGAAGAGCAGGUGGAAGAAAUGAGAGAAAAGAAAAUUUCUAUUGAGCCAUCCAAAGCCACUAUUAUCAAAAACUCCAAGCCGGUUUAUAAAGCGAUAAUGGAUGAAUUGGUGUUCAAUGAAAAUAUUCAUAAGCCUGGCUCUAUUCUCCAAAAGAGUAAUAUCUAUGAAAGUCAGGUUACUGCAAAGGAUAGAGCUAUUAUGAAUUUGGGUAGUACGAUUAGCUUUGAAUCAGAUGAGUUAGGCGGUUUAUACAAAGGCUUACAGUUUGGAUUCAACUCUUCUAAAUUUCAACCAGUUGAUCACUCCACCUACUUGAAGAAAUUUGAUGUUGAUUUGGUGUAUUUGUCUCACGUUACGUCUAACAAAUAUGAGGUUUAUUUUGUUUUCAAUUCUUGGGAGCCAAUUGUGUCUGUCUUCAUUCUUAAACCUUCAGAGAAAGCUCAAGAUUUUCCAGAAAAUAAGAAGUUGGAAGCGGUUUAUUCCGAUAUUUACAAAUCAAAUGAAGAUGACCUAGCUAAAUUUUCAAAAUAUUUAAACUAUGCAUCAGAAGUUGACUUAGAUCUCCAAUAUUUCACUAAUCUCCAGUCAUUGAAUAAGAAAUUAAAUGCCAAGAUCGCCUCGUUGUAUGAAGAAAGAUCCUCAAGUGCUAUUCUUGCCCUUCAAACGCCAUUUAUUGACAGGAUCUAUAAAACAAUCAAAUCAGUACAUGAUUUCCCAAUAAUAAAGUUGUCCUACAACGAAAUUGUGUUGCCAGCUUUACGCUGGCAAGAAGAGCUUAUGAAGAAAGUUUUUGUGUUCUUCUUUUCUUUGGGAUCUUGGGUUCGUGAUUUGUUAGAGCUUUCUCGUUACAGUAAUAUUCCAAUUUGUAAUUUGGAAUUGAAUAAUAUCGGCUAUCUAAUUGAUAUUCAAUAUUCAAGACGUCUUAAGGCCAAUAAUGUUGUGUUAUGGUGGUCUUCAAACACUAAUUCUGACCUUGGUGGGGCCGAAAAUAAAAAAUUGGUUCCGAUUACUGAAUCUUUGGUAUUUCCAAAUAUCAAUAACCCAGAUAGUUAUGAGAGUGUUGCUUUGGAGAUCUCGAUUCAAAACUUAACCAUUAAUACAGUGCUAACUUCAGCGCUAAUCAAUCAAGCUGAAGGCUCUGAUCUAGCUGACCAAAAUGAUGUAUUUAUGGGUGGCAGUGAUGAUAGAAACUCUGGUGCUCCAUCCACAGAAUUUUCCAUUGAUAGCUUCAAUACGAAUGCGUUGUCGGUGCUUCGAGGCAUGGUCAAAGAUUGGUGGGAUGAUGCUGUAGGAUCUUCAGAAUAUGCUGACUUGAUGAUUAACAAUUUUGUGAAGUGGAUACAAAAGAAAGGAUCGUUCUUGUAUGAUCCAAGUCUUGAAUAUCAUGUUCAUAACUUGACAAAGAAAACACUAUUGCAAAUGAUUCAAGAAUUCAAGAAGAUGGGAUCCACUGUUAUUUUCACUAACAGAAGUAAAAUAUUCCUCAAAACGUCAAAAACUUCAAUUGAGAACUCCUACGCUUAUUCCCAAUAUAUCUUGAAGGCAGUUCGUACCAAGCCAUUGUUCAAUUAUUUGGAUAUGAAGAUUUUGAAGUACUGGGAUAUCUUGGUUUGGAUGGAUGAUUAUAACUAUGCUGGUAGAGCCUGUGAAACCAUUUCGGAAACUGGUUCUCAAGAUUUGAAAUUAUAUUCCCAUUGGCAAAUUGCCAAGUUUUUACCACCAAUAUACCAAACUGAAUUCACUGAUUGGAUUUCCAUCUUCCUUGAUGCAUUGGUGAAAGAAAAAGAAAAUAAUAUCAAUGCCAACACCGCAAGACUCACUCAAAUAAAUCCUCCGGCUAAUCCAACUGAUCUAGAUAAUGAAGGUCUAGAUGAUAUGGAUGGUGAAAAGGUGGUUAUCUCCGAUGCUUUUGCAAGUGUUUGGAACCCAUUAAAGAAACGUGUGAAAAAAUUAUACGGUAAACAAAACAGCGUUAUUUUAAGUGAGGCAUUCCGUGAAGAAUAUAGAUUCCCUGUGCUACCAGGCUCCCAUUUGAAAUUUGGUAAUCCAACCCUUGAGCUAGUGAAGCAUUUAUGUGCAGUUUUCGCGUUGUCCAAGAAACGGAAUUUGGAAUCUCGUUCUCUCAGAAAAGAACUAUUAAACUAUCUUGAUGUUCGUGAAUUUAGUGAUGAAUCUUCUUUCAAGAACCCUAGUGUUUCACUAAAGAUUUCUGAAGUUUUGUGCAAUAAUUGUGGUUUGAUCCGCGAUGUGGAUUUCUGUCGUGAUGAAGAGGAAGAUAUUUGGAGUUGUGUUCAAUGUCGUCAACCAUUGAACAAAGUGUCACUUGAAGAGUCUUUGAUUGCCGACUUCAAACGGAACUUGGCUUUAUUUUAUACCCAAGACUUGAAAUGUGAGAGGUGCGGUAAGAUUAGAGACGACGAAUUGAGUCCUUUCUGCAAGUGUUCUGGUAAUUGGGUGGGUGUAAUUAAUAAAAAUGCUCUUCUUAGAAGAGUCCAGAUUUUCUCGAAUGUUGCUGAUUUCUUCGACUUACGUUUUUUGAAAAAUACCCUCCAAGGAAUCUAG